GGGCUUUGUAAACAAACAUCACGGUCCUGUGCUACUACCUUUACCGCGAGUAGAAAUUUAAUAACUGUACCAGAGUAAAUACCUUUUAAUAGCUGCGCAAUGGAUGAGCUGAGACUGGCUCUGUGCGCUCUGGGGGCUGCUCUUUUGUUGGAGGAGGACCGGAGAAGAGGACAUUUACCCAGUCGAGACGGGGGCAGUGGUCCAAGAGAUGCCCUGAGUCUAGACAGAGAUACCCGCAUCACAAAUAGCUCACGCCUCGCCAGAAAACCCCGCUCUCUGUUCUCCAAACGCGCCUCCUUCGAGCAGAUGCGAAAGGUCCCCAGUCCCCGGUCCCGUAAAACCGAAAUCAAGAGAAAACGACGCCAAUGGGUCCAGUCCUGGAACCAGCUGAGACCCACGUACGGUGAACACUACCCUGCUCUGGGCUGCGAGGAGGGGACUCCGGAUUUCAGGCACUUUACUCGGAUGUUCCCUGAGCAGUUUGAUGCUUUGGUGGAGAAGGUCGCGCCCAUUAUUCACAGAAGGAAUACGAACUUUCGAGCGAGUAUUUCUGUGGAAGAAAGGCUCAUUGUGACGCUGCAUUACCUCGCUACAGGUGAAGGCUUCAAAAGUCUGUCUCACUUCUUCCACAUGGGAAACACCACAGUUCGUUUGUUUGUACCUGAAACUCUUCGAGCCAUUUACCGAGUUUUAAAAGACAAAUAUGUCAAGUGCCCAGAGACAGCAGAGGAGUGGCAGGGCGUGGCCAGAGGAUUCCAGUCUGAGUGGGAUUUUCCAAACUGUGUUGGUGCUUUAGACGGAAGACUCUUAAACAUUUGCCCUCCAUUUGAAAAUGCAGAGUCCACUUCCCCCAAAGAGGUAUCUGUGGCUCUGAUGGCUCUGGUCGACAGUAAAUACAUGUUCAAGUACAUAGAUGUAGCAUGUAAUGGAAAGAUUUCUAAUAGUGCAGAGUUUAAUGGAUGUUUUUUUGGAGACGCAUUGGAGAAAAGACUGGCCCACGUCCCUGGUCCUGCAGUGCUCCCAGGUUCGGACCAACUGUCUCCUCACUGUAUUGUAGCGGACAGGGCGUUUCCAUUGAAAGAAUACCUCAUGAAGCCAUAUCUGCACCGCAGUCCGUCUACUGAACAACAAAUCUUCAACUACAGACUAUCCCGAGCAUCUAGAGUUGCCCACGACGCCUUGAAUGUGUUGGCUAACCGCUUUUAUAUUUUGCAAAACACUUUUAACUUGAACUGUUAUGGCGUUAAGAUUGAAGACAUUGUCAUGGCUUGUUGUGCCCUACAUAAUUUUUUGUGUGUUGAAGCAAAAGAAAAAUACCUGGCAGACAUUUUGGACCAGAAAGGACAAAAUAACUCAAGUAAUUUGUUACAAGCGACAUUACCAGAAAACACCAAUGAACUAAUCAAAGCCAAAGAAACAAGAGAUGGGCUGUGUGCGUAUUUUAUGUCUCGGGCCGGUGCAGUGCCUUCUCAGUAUGACAUCAUAUUGGACUAAAUAGAAGUUAGUUUUAAGUUGUGUAUUAAUGAUUGUGAAUAAAAUGUGUUUUAAUUGU